AUGCUCCACAAAGAGAUAUCCGAUAUCAAAUGUGGACUUGACUAUCCGAGCUCUGAUGAAGAAGCUGAUCCUCCAGAACCAGGAGGCGCAGAUGGUUCAAAACGAUACCAUCAUCACCAAGGUUUCUUGUUUGGGUAUUCGAGUUUAAUGCAUGAUAUGUUGGAACUGCGGCCAAGCCCAAGUCGGAUAUUCAUCAUUUGGGAGAUAUUCAAGGACAACGUGGACCCGGUCAUGAAGCUAUUACACGUCCCGACUGUGAAUCAUAUGAUCACAAAAGCUGCAGUUAACCCCGGUCAAUUGUCAAAGGCUGCCGAAGCACUGUUUUACUCGAUAUGUUUUGCAGCAGUGGUGAGCAUGAAAGAUGACCAGUGUGACCAGUUACUGGGAGGCACAAAAGAUACUCUGACCGACAAAUACAGGUUCGCUGUCGAACAGGCUCUUGCGAGGGCUUCGUUCCUUAACAGCAGCAACUUGAUGGUCUUGCAGGCUCUGGCCCUCUUUCUAACAGUGGUAAAGUUCAACGAUACCAGCCGUAGCAUCUGGUGUUUAGCCGCACUAGCAUUACAGCAAGCGCAAUCGCAAGGUCUACACAGAGAUCCGACAAACUUCAAAAUCCCACCAUUCGAGACUGAGAUGCGUCGCAGAUUAUGGUGGCACAUUUACCUGCAAGAUGCUCGUGCUGCGGAAGAUUAUGGCGCUGACCCCGUAUCACAACAAAUCUUCUACGAUACAAGAAUGCCUUUAAACGUGAACGACAAUGACCUUGUUUGUGAUAUGACAGAACCGUGUGCGGAGCGAAUUGGGGCGACUGACAUGACUCUGUGUUUAGUUCGUUUUGAGCUAGCAAAUAUGCAGCGAAAAUUGAGAAUCAUGACAAGUGCGGAGAGUGACGACCAGAAGAGGAACAGCAUAAAGGAGAAAGAGAAACUGAUUGACGCGGAACACCAGCGUAUGCAGGAGACAUAUUUCCGACACUGUGACCCUAAUGUACCCAUCCUCUGGGUCGCAUCGACCAUUGGGAAACUCAUUCUAGCCAAGAUGUGGCUGUUCAUACAUCAUCCGCGGCUAUUUCAAGGCGAUCCUUCGAAAAAUGCCGACGAUCUGAGAGAGCAGGUGUUUUGUACGUCGGUUGAGGUUAUCGUGUUCGGCAGUUUGCUCGAGAAGGGCAAGCAUACCUCGAAGUGGUCAUGGCUGUUUCAUACUUACAAUCAGUGGCAUGCGGUUGCGUAUGUGCUGUCAGAGCUGUGCCACAAACCGCCAGGUCCAGAGUACGAUAGAGCGUGGGCAGCGGUUGAGGCCGUGUACGACAAGCGCAUGAUGGAGUAUCCUCGAUCACAACGAGGAGUGCUGUGGCGACCUCUAAGGCUGAUGUAUGGUCGAGCUAAGACGCGGCGGACACAACUGGUUAACAGUACUAGUCCAGAUAGUAAUACUGACACAAACAGAACUGCGAGUGCUGAUGAUAACAAUGUGGACGAUUUUGCUCCGACUGAUGGGAAUGGGGCUGAAAACUGGCUAGAUUCGAAUCCCUACAUGAACGCGCUCACAGAGAGUGGUGAUGCUUUCGACUUCAAUAUCAACAAUCAGUCAUUCAGUCAGGGUGGCACGAUGGGGUCUAAUUUGUUUGGUCUUCCAGCAGGUCAAGCAAAUCUACCUCCUAAGAUCCCAAUGGACACAUUGCCUUUCAGCUGGAACUUAGGUGUGGCAGAUUACUUUGACGACUUCCCAAUGCAAAUUCAGCAGACUGGAUGGACGCCACAGACGCAGCAGGAGUGGCACUGA